AUGUAUUACAAAGCCUCUCAUGUUAAUGCCUGUACUCCUGAGUCACUGGACUUCUUGGUCUCGUUACCAUUAGUUGAGACUUCCUCUUCCCAGCCGUCUCAAUCCACGAACUCGGCGUCCUCUUCGAAUUCAGGCUCUAGCAACGAGACCUUCUCCCCCAGCUCGUCGAUAGUGGGCACUUCCUCAUCGACGCACCAGAUGGGCUCUUCCGAUGCAUCGUUGUCCUCUCAGUCCUCGUCGGGGUCGUCUAGUUCUUCCGGUGAUGGUGGUUCCUCUCCUUCGCCGCAAGCUCUUGUUCCUCUUCGCUGA